AGUGUGAGGAAGGCGGUACUUCUCCCUCCUCCUCACUACCGUAGAGCUGAAGUAUUAACAGGCGGACUUUUCGUCGCUUCUUUCAUUGAUACUUGGUUUAAAAUAACAUUUAGUUCUACUGUAGUUCAUAAAACAACAGAUAACACUGUAACUGAAAUUUAUAAGCCUACUGAAAGUGUAUCUGCUCUCAGAUACAGACAGAAGCCAUCAUGAAGCUAACGGACAAUGUGCUGCGGAGUUUCAGGGUUGCUAAGGUUUUUCGAGAAAACUCAGACAAAAUUAAUUGUUUUGAUUUCAGUUCAAACGGUGAAACAAUUAUUUCCAGUAGCGACGACGAUUCCUUAGUCCUGUACGACUGCCAAGAGGGAAAACCUAAGAGGACACUCUAUAGUAAAAAGUAUGGAGUGGAUCUGAUCAGGUACACACAUGCUGCAAACACGGUGGUCUACAGUUCCAACAAGAUUGAUGAUACUAUCCGAUACCUGUCCCUACAUGAUAACAAAUACAUCCGCUACUUUCCUGGGCACAACAAAAGGGUUACAUCUCUCUCCAUGUCUCCAGUAGAUGACACAUUUAUUUCUGGCUCAUUAGAUAAAACUAUAAGACUAUGGGAUCUACGGUCCCCCAACUGUCAGGGUCUGAUGCACCUUCAGGGGAAACCAGUCUGCUCAUUUGAUCCUGAGGGUCUCAUUUUUGCAGCUGGAAUUAAUUCAGAGAUGGUAAAGCUUUAUGAUCUUCGAUCUUUUGAUAAGGGUCCAUUUGCAACCUUCAAACUGCAGUAUGACCGGACAUGUGAAUGGACAGGUCUCAAGUUUAGCAAUGAUGGAAAACUCAUUCUUCUGUCUACAAAUGGUGGAGCCCUUCGGAUCUUAGAUGCUUUCAAGGGCGCUGUGCUACAUUCCUUUGGGGGCUACAACAACAAUAAAGGGGUAACACUGGAGGCGUCAUUCACCCCUGACUCUCAGUUUGUUAUGAUUGGCUCUGAGGAUGGAAAGAUCCAUGUGUGGAAUGCAGAGAGUGGCAUGAAGGUGGCUUUAUUAGAUGGAAAGCACACAGGGCCAAUCACCUGUCUGCAAUUCAACCCCAAGUUCAUGACAUUUGCAAGUGCCUGCUCCAACAUGGCGUUCUGGCUUCCAACCAUUGACGACUGACGUCAAUAAGUGAGGAAGACUUCUGUGAAGGCCAGAGUGGAAGCAGAAUGACCAACAGGGGGCAGCGCAGCCAGCUUUUUUGGACUCACUGAAAGAGUGGCAGAUGAAUUUAAAAUUGUAAAUAAGUAGCCGGUAGAAACAGAUCAUUUCUUUAUUUGUUUUUUAUAUUUGUAUUUAACAUUAAACAAUUUCUUUGUAAGA